GAAGGACGAGGAAGCGGCUGUGGGCUAGUUGCGAGAGGCAUCGCUGCAGCUCUGAGCAGCUGCGUAUUCGCAGCUCAAAGAGUCCAUCGCGGCGGGCGAGGAUUAAAGAGAUCGGGCCCCGAAAGCGAGUACAGAGGUCUGUGCCGGCAUCUCCUGUUAGUUACAAGCUGAUCGGUCGAAGUAAGGAAGGAAUUGUGAUUUGGGCACCGAGCGCGAUCUGUGCAUCCCGAGUUGUGGAUCGCGCGACUUCACGGGCUCGAGGCUGUCGCUGCGAUUCGCAGUCAUGGCGCGAGGUGCCGCUUCUCGACUGGCCUUUCGCGCCAGAAAAUCCCUCGGAUCGUUCAUCGCCGGAUCGCCCAGCGCGUUAACAGCUUGCAGUGAAGGUCACAAUGUUCAACAAGUUCGGAAUCUGAACAUUCACGAGUACCAGGGUGCUGCUCUCAUGAGUAAAUUUGGGGUAAAUGUGCCCAAGGGCGUAGUUAUUUCUUCCCCCAGUGAGGUUUCUGAGGUCAUCAAGAAGCACUUUCCUAACAACACUGAGUUGGUGGUGAAAAGUCAAGUUUUGGCUGGUGGACGUGGUUUGGGAACCUUCAAGAACGGACUUAAGGGCGGUGUACAUAUUGUAAAAACUUCGGAAGUGGAGGAGUAUGCAAGGAAGAUGUUGGGACAAAUUUUAGUGACGAAGCAGACUGGAGCGGAAGGCAAGCCCGUUAACAAGGUGUUUUUGUGCGAUAAAUUGAACCUUGUCAACGAAAUGUAUUUCGCCAUCGCUCUAGACCGGGCCAGUGCAGGACCUGUAAUUAUUGCUUGCGCCAAGGGUGGUACUAGUAUUGAGGAUCUUGCGGAGAAGUACCCAGAUAUGAUUAUCAAGGUUCCCGUCAACAUCAACACAGGCAUUACUGACGAAGACGCAGCCCGAGUGGUGGACGGCCUGGCCCCAAAGAAAGCUGACAAGCAGGAUUGCAUCGAGCAAGUGAAGAAGCUUUACAACAUGUUUUGCAAAUCAGAUUGUACUCUUGUUGAGAUUAAUCCUCUCGCAGAAACAGCCGACGGAGUCAUGGUAGCUGCUGACGCGAAGCUCAACUUUGAUGACAAUGCUGCGUAUCGCCAAAAGGAAGUUUUUGCGCUUCGUGAUAAAACACAGGAAGAUCCUCGCGAGGUAGCUGCCGCCGCCGCAGACUUGAACUACAUCGGGUUGGAUGGAGAAAUUGGAUGUAUGGUGAACGGGGCUGGACUAGCCAUGGCCACUAUGGACAUUAUUAAGCUGCACGGUGGUACACCAGCCAAUUUCCUUGAUGUUGGUGGCAAUGCGUCCGAGAACCAGGUUGUGGAAGCAUUCAAGAUCCUUACUGCGGACCCGAAGGUGAAGGCGAUAUUGGUGAAUAUUUUCGGAGGCAUCAUGAAGUGCGAUGUCAUUGCCAGCGGUAUUGUGAACGCAGCAAAACAGGUGUCUUUACAUGUGCCAUUGAUCGUGCGCUUGGAAGGGACCAAUGUUGACUUGGGCAAGACUAUCUUGAAGGAGAGUGGAAUGACUAUCAUAGCUGCAGAAGACCUGGAUGACGCCGCCAAGAAUGCAGUGAAAGCUUUGAGGUAGACAGUCUUAGGCUUACAUUGUAUAGAAUGAGUUGCUGACACUACCUGCCUUUUAGAUUUAUUGACCAUGAUCCACAACCAGUCGGCAAGGAUCUAAAGAUUUUGUUAUCACACAAUGCAUUGCUUGUGAUUAGGACCGGGAUGUAACUGCAACAUCCCAAUAUGAAUUAGAAAUAAGGAUACCGACACUUGCAUGUCAGGUUUUUCGCUGAAGUCUCUCCAGUGUUGACAUGGUGGGUUACAGGCACUCAAGCUUGGCCUCUUAGCAGUUUCAGUUCUGACCUUGCAAGGUGUUGUUCUUACCAAGUAUCAAUAAGAAACACUUGGUUUUAAAGUUCUGCCUUGAGGAAGAUCUUGGAGUUUUGGAAUUGGUGGUGAAAUCUAAUUGUGUAACUGGUCGCAUGGUUCGAGAUAUCAGGGGAGAACGGUGACUCAAGUGUGAAGACCUUCGCUCAUGUAAAGCCGUAUUAAUUGCAUCUUAAAUGAAUUCUUUCCUUACAGUUACUUUCACAUACUUCUGAAGUUUGAGUUGGCUUCUGAACGUGGUUGGCUGGACUCCUCCAGGAGCCCGGACGGGUGACAAUUUGCAUGUCCCUUUUACCUGUGUCUUGCUGAGUUACCAGAGGAUAUAAGUAGCGUUAGGAUGAUUCAGAGCCGGAUUUCACCUCUUCUGCUUGUUCCGGAAAUGCGGCAUGUUUCUUUAGCGUGCGAAGCAAUCUUUAGAAAUCGGAAACAAAUACUGCAACGGCGUUGCCAAUUUGGCACGAAGUAGUCAUCUGACUUCGUGUUUUUGCCUUAAUUCUGAUAUGGCUUGAGAAGUCAUUAUAUAUCUAUGGACGACUACUGUGGUGAAUUUUAGUAAGUUGAAAAGGCGGCUAGAUAGAUUAUGGAACAUUCCCCUGGUUAUGUGCAGGAUAUACGUGAUUACACGAAGCUUACCAUUUGUCCCCCAAACGAAAAUUGUUGUGGUGUCUUUUGAGCUUUGGAAAUAGAUUGGGGCCAAACAGAUUGAGAAAACCAUUAGUAGACCCAUCGGAUCAAACGUCACAAGCAAGAAAACAAACAGGAAUCUCACAUAUUAUCUACGUGAGAAAUUUUAGUACGCUAUUUAGGAGCUACGAUAUCCUCACAAGCCUUGGAAAUGGUAAUUACAUUUUCAAUGUAAUCUUGUUGAUAUCAAACUUUCUAAACUUGUUGAUGAAUCCUCUUGUUUUGGAACUUGAAAAAAAGUUUCGAUGUAUACAGCG